AGCGGAGACCAUGGGCCCAAAUGUUGUUUACUGGAAGUGGUAAACGGAAAGAAAGAGUUGGUAGAGAGAUAGAAAUGGAGAAGGGAAAAGUGGUGGUGGAGAAGGUGAGAAGAAAGUCAACAGUGACAAGAAGUUUCUCAAAGUAUCCCCUUAAAUUCAUUAUCCCAAGAAAGGCGGGUCCUUCCAAAACCGAUGCUGUCUGGAUUUACAGCCUCACUUAUGGCGGUGGAAUUGUCUCAGGAGAUUCUAUUUCAGUCGAAUUUACAAUUGGAGAUGGUUGCACUGCUGUUCUUACUACCCAAGCCUCUACAAAGGUCUACAAGUCUUUGGGCUCUAAGUGUUCUGAACAAGUCUUGGAGGCAAGAAUUGGUAGUGGUGCUCUAUUCGCAGUCAUUCCAGACCCAGUCACAUGUUUUGCCACUGCAAGAUAUUCUCAGAAACAGGUCUUUAGAUUGGUUUCGGACUCAAGUUUGGUCGUUGUCGAUUGGUGUACCAGUGGUCGUCAUGAAAGUGGGGAAAAAUGGGAUUUUGAACUCUAUAGGAGCACCAACAACAUAUUCGCUGAAGACAAUCAACCUGUAUUUCUUGACACCGUAUUGCUAGAACAAUCCAGCCCUGCUAGUAUAGCAGAACGUAUGCACGACUACCAAGUCAUUGCAAUGGUCAUAAUCUAUGGCCCAAAGCUGAAGAUUGUUCAAGACCAAGUUCAAGAAAAUGUGAAGAGGAUGAUGUCUCAGCAAUUACACAUUCCUUCCACUAGCUUGGGGCACCAUGCUAAAACAAGUUCUCAUAAUUGUUUAACCAGGCCAGCUUUUAUUGCGUCCUGCAGCGUCUUUGGUCCAAAGGGAAUUGGUGUCGUUGUUCGGAUAGCUUCGACAACAACUGAGUCGGUAUAUAGGUUCCUUCAGCAUCAAUUGGCUGGGAUGGAGCCCCUGCUUGGCGUAUCACCCUAUUGUUGAAGAAGCCCUGCGAUGAUUGGGCAAAAAAAAAAAAAAAAGGAAAAAGCCCUAUGAUUUUUUUCUCUAUCAGUCUUAAUGCCCCAUUGAAAUAAUUGUAAGCACACUGAUAACUUACCUUAUGUGACUGUUAUGAAAUUAUUGGUUUUGGUUAUUUUACAAACAGAUUAAAGGUAGCAUGU